AGUUCAUACUUAGAUUAAUUAACAACCACCAUAUCUUCUCUCCAAUCCACCAUGUCCUAUGCAUCCAAUCCGAGCUUCGACGAGCAUCGAUGGGUGAUUAACAUCCGUCGAACUCUUGAAGAAGACGUUGAAGAUGAAGGAGAAAACCCAGUAUCCAUUUUCAAUGUCCCCAAAUCCUUGAUGUCUAGUGAUCCAGAUUCAUAUACUCCACAAAUAGUUGCCAUUGGUCCUUACCAUCACUGGCGUCUCGAGCUCAAUGAGAUGGAGAGGUACAAGCUUUCCGCGGCAAAGAUGACCAAAAAACAUCUCCAAAAUGUUAAAUUCCAGUAUCUUCUGGAUCAAUUGAUCAUGUUGGAGCCUAAGAUUCGCGCAAACUAUCACAAGUUCUUGGACUUUAGCCGCGAAACCUUGGCCUGGAUGAUGGUGAUUGAUGCUUCAUUCUUACUUGAGAUUUUGCGAGUCUAUGCGACAAAAGAAGGCGGAGUACUUACCAGAAUUCCUUCAAGAAUGUCACAUUUGGUUGACAAUGCAGGGAGAAGGUCAGCUCACAACGCUAUUCUUCGAGACACGGUGAUGCUGGAGAACCAAAUCCCACUAUUUGUGCUGAGAAAGAUUUUGGAAGUUCAAUAUUCAUCACUUGAAUUGGCCGACCAAAUGUUGAGUCCAAUGUUAUUCGGAUCGUGCAUGGAGCUUUCACCAUUACAGAUCACAGAACAAAUGCCAAUUACAGACAUCUCAGAAACUGCUCACUUGCUUGACUACUUAUAUGGCAUGAUUGUUCCCAAACUGGAAGAACCAACAGAGAUAAUUGAACUACUCGACGAACAAUCCCAUGACAAGAAGCCAGGGAAAGAACAAUUCCUGAACAGAGGUCCUGUUCGACUCAUCGAAAGACUGAUUUUUUCAAGGCCUUUCAAAUUAGUAGUGAAAGUGCCAUGGACAAUUCUCUCAAACCUUCCCGGGUUUCAAAUCUUUAAAGGGCCUAUUUCAUAUAUAUUCUUUUCACAACACAAAGAAGAAGCCAAACAUGAAGAUAGAAGUAGUAACUCGGGCAUCGAAAAACCACCAUUGAUGGAGGAGAUAGCAGUUCCUUCUGUGUCCGAGCUCUGCAAAUCCGGAGUCCGGUUCUUACCCACAAAUGGUAAUAUUUUAACAAUAAGUUUUGAUGUCAAGACAGCUACAUUUUACCUUCCUGUGGUCAGUCUAGAUAUGAACACUGAGGUUGUGUUGAGGAACUUGGUAGCUUAUGAGGCGUCGAGUGCAUCAGGGGCAUUGGUUUUUACGCGAUACACAGAAUUGAUGAAUGGGAUUAUUGACAGUGAGGAGGAUGUGAAGUUGCUGAGAGAGAAAGGGAUCAUCUUGAACCGUCUGAAGAGCGAUGAAGAGGCCGCGGAUUUGUGGAAUGGAAUGAGCAAGUCUAUUAGGCUUACAAAAGUGGCAUUCUUAGAUAAAGUGAUUGAAGAUGUGAACGAGUAUUUCAAUGGCAGAUGGAAGGUUAAAGCUAAGAAAUACAUGGAGGAUUAUGUGUUUGGUUCUUGGCCGAUUCUAGCAUUGCUGGCUGCAAUCUUUGUUUUGAUUCUGAUGGGAUUACAGGUAUUUUGCUCUGUCUACACCUGCGCUCGAAUCUUCAAAACCAAUGUUACUAGGAACUCGAGUUGAGCUUGACAUUACUUCUACU